ACGUGGUAACAGUUAAAAGUGAAAUUGUUAACAAGUUUAUACUGUCUGUUGUGCUUGACAGUACGUUCGAUGGACAGUAACUGCACACAUAAUAAUUGUCGUCUAAUACAUCACUCAGCAUUCACUAAUACUUUAUGAUAUCAAUACCAGGUGUUUUGUGUAUUUUAAAACACAUUGAUUGUGCGGCUUCUCAUCCAAUUACAAUAAGGUAAACUACUGUUUUCGAUAUAUAUUAGCAUAGAGUUGAUUUUCUCCUAAUUUGUUUCAUAUCUAGCAAUAAUCUGUGAAUAGUUAUGAUAUUAGUGAAAACCUCAGUGUUCGGCUUUAUCUGAUGAUCGUUUUUACGAGACUGUUGAUUGUUAUGCCUAUCUCUGUAUGCUUUAUUUGUCGAUUUGCAUUGAUCUUACUGUGUCUAUAUACCAUUUUAAGUGACAUGAGUUAUCAAUUCACGGGAAGUAUCAACAUUCUAGAGGCUGGUCAGCGACAACUUGUAUGUUUAGCCAGAGUUUUCUUGUCUUCUAGUGGUCACGUUCGAUUGCUCAUUCUUGAUGAAGCCACAGCAGCGAUGGAUCCAUCUACAGAUGAAUUAGUCAUGAAUACAGUCGUAGGUGAUCGAUUCAAGGAUGCCACUGUUAUUAUAAUCGCCCAUCGAUUGUCCACUGUAAUGAAUACGGACAGGAUUGUCGUAUUGGAUCACGGACAAGUGGUGGAAACUGGACAUCCACAAGAUUUACUCAGCAAUCCAAAUUCUCUUUUUGCAUCUAUGAAUAAAGUUAGACAUUCGUAGGGUAUUCGAAUUCAUGACCUUGUAACUAGUUUUAUUAGAAGUUACUUUUUUUUAUUCAUUUCACUGUUAUUUCUUUUCAAAUUGUACUCUUGUUUGGCAAUAACGUGUACGCUUUCAUAAUCAUUAGUUAUUUAGUAGAUGAUCACAUGUCAUUUUUGAUCGUUAUUUGUAUUGAAAAUAAAUGUUUUUGUCGCUAUUUUUUUCAUCGCAGUUUUUAUCGCUGCCAAAUUCACACACAUCAAGUUAGUGUGCUGUUAUUAUUUUAAUAAACCACUUUUAAUUUAA